AUGAAACCAAUGCAACCAAUUCUACUCGCCCUAUCCAUCCUCUCGGCAGCCCUCUCAAGCCCCAUAGCAGGAGCCAUUGAGCCCCCACCACAAGAGUCCCACGAGAUCCACGAUCUUCAAGCGAACCAACCAAUCUGGAACUUCGACCUAUUCCACAACAAAAAAUGCCACGGCACGAGGAUCAGUUACGCAGGGCAGGGGUCUUCGGGGUGCCACAACAAUCUCGAGCUCGAGGGUGCCGAAGCCUAUAUCAAUGUCAAUAUCAAUCCCAAAUGCAGAGUUGUCUUAUUCAAGGAUAACAAGUGUUCGCAUCGGGCGAAGGUCGACGAGAUCAGUACCAGGACGGCGACUAAAUGUAAGGGGAUUGUGCACAAGAAGAGGGUUCGUAGCUUCGAGGUUUGGUGUUAA